AGGCUCAGGACCUCCGAGAGCGUUCUCUUCAGCGCGCACGCGCACGCACACGCCCUCCUCCCCCGCGGGCCAUGAUGUCCCUGCUCUCCGCGGCUCGCGCCGACCGGGCCGCCGCCAGCUCCGCGCCCGCGGGGAUGCCGGAGAUCGAGUACCCUUCUCCGCUGUCCGCGCUGCCGGACGAGCCGCUGCCCUUCUUGGUCAAGAACACGUUUGUGGUCCCGGCGCACCUCGAGCCCUCCUCGCUGCUGGGCUCCUCGGCCUUCGCGCCGCGCGCGGCGCGCUCGUGCCCGGGCAGCGGGUGCGCGGGCGGCCGCGGCCCCGGCGGCCGCCGCGGGGAGGAGGAGGAGGAGCCCGCCUCCUCCUCCGCGUCCAGGAGCACCUCCGCCGGCGCCUCCACGCGCGCCAGCUCGGCGGCCCCCGCGGCGCUGCCGGAGCUCGCCUACGCCGCGCCCGAGUUCUCCGUGCGCAACACGUUCAUCGACACCGUGGCCGGCCGGCUGUCCUCGAUGGUGGACGAGGCGCUGGCGGAGCGCAGGGCCCGGUCCUGCCCCUCCAGCGGCCUCGGCCUGCCGGGCGCCUGGGUGGCCCUGUCCGAGGUGGCGGCCCGGCUCGAGGCCCACGGCGGCGACGACGAGGAGGACGACUUCGUCCCGACGCCGGCCGUCUGCUCGCAGCGCGCCGCGGAGGAGGACGAGGACGGCGUCCUGCCCGCGCCCGCCGCGUUCAUGUCGCGCGCCGAGGACGAGGCCUGGGGCUCGCCCGUGGCGCUGGCGCGCUGGGCGCCCCUCUCCUUCAUGCCGCCGCCGCCGGUGGCGCCGCCCCCGGCCGCGCUGAUGGCCGAGGCCGCGGCGGCGCCCUCUGCCCCCGCCCACGCGCCGCUGGGCUCGCCCGAGUGCCCCACCGUCGGCUCGGCGCUCCACUGCCAGGGGGCGUGCAGGCCGUGCGCCCACGCGUUCACCAAGGGCUGUGCCAACGGGGUCGGCUGCCAGUUUUGCCACCUGUGUGAGCCGGGCGAGCUCAAGCGUCGCCAGAGGGAGCGCCGCAUCCAGCUGGCUCGGCAGAGGCCGUCGGAGCCGCGCGCCGAGGCUGGCAGCAGCGCGAGGGGCCGUCGCGGUGGCAAGAGGGCCUGAGGAGUUCCGCCGCCAGCGAGCCAUACGCGCCCGCGGGCGUGGUGAUUCCAGAGGUGCCCUCGCUCCAAGGGUCCCCGUGUGCUUCCCGAGAUGCCUGCAGAGAGACCCACUCAGCCAAGGUUGAGCCCACACCUCGCCGGGUCAGGAGAACCCGGCGGUGGCAGACAGAUCUGAUUUUUGUGACCAGGCUCACAGUGUCGGUCGCUGCACCUGUGCGUUUUUAUCCAUCCUGACAUCUGCCUUGCGAGAGUGCGGCCUAUCUAUGGGAGCCGUCGUUUGUACAGCCACUGCCUUUCUCGAAUUGCUUGCGGCCCAUCCCGCCACCGUGCCUGGGCUGUUGUCGGCCACGCGUAGGGGGGCGGUAGGGGGAGGGAGGAAGGCUAGUUCGAAGCACCCCUGCUUCUAAGAAGCCUUUCCCCCCCUCCCCCCCCUGUGCGCUCCGCCAAUGUUGGCCAUAAACUUCUGGGAUGAUCGAUCGUUUGGGCCUUAGGUCGUUUUCACUAAACCACGUUUUACUAAAGGGGGUCUGUCCAUCCUCGAGGUUGAGCAGGAAACCCGGGGACACUCCACAUCGUGCCAUAGUAGGGGCACGAUGGCGGAUUUCUUCUCAGGGGUAGAGAUCGCAUCACAGUCGGCAGAGUGUAGCUAAGACGCGCUCUGUUAUCGUGACUCGGUUUCUCAGCCGGCGCUGGCCGAAAAGAAGGCAAUUGAGUUUACUGAUUGACAUGGAUCACCAAUCGCAAUCGGUCGGAGGUGACAGGAUUACUGAAUCGGCGGUUUGCCAUCAGCUCCGUCGCGACCUGUGUGGUGGACCCAUCUGGACACUCGCGUUCGCCUUGCAUGCCUC